UUACAAAUAACGAAAACAAAGAGAGAAAGAGGAUAAUAAAACAAAGACAACCCAACUGACACAAUUACUCUCCCCAGUCCCCACCCCCACCAUGCAAUUGAAACCUCUCAACACCUUCACCGUUACGCUCAUGUUGUUCUUCACUUUCUUGAUCCUCUUCUUCUCCGGUUUCCUCGAAUUCCCUUCCGUUUCCUCCUCUAUCCAACGACCCUUUUCCACCUCUCCCCUUACCCUUUCUUCCAGCCCCCACCCUUUCACCGAUCUGCUCUCUGCUUUCAGGACAUGGGAUUCUCAAAUGGGUUGUGCCCGAUUCAAGCUCAAACAUCACGAUUUGAUCCGUUUGCUUUCCAACAGCUCUGGGUCGUUGCAGGAAGCUGGUGGCGAGUCUUCCUGCAAUCAGUUGAAAAUGGAGCAUGUUAGUGUUUUGGUAAAAGGCUGGACUUGGAUUCCUGAUAAUUUGGACAAUUUGUAUUCUUGUCGAUGUGGGAUGAGUUGCCUGUGGACUAAAUCUUCCGUUCUGGCUGAUAAACCUGAUGCCCUUUUGUUCGAGACCUCAACCCCUUCAUUUCAGAGGCACAGAGGAGAUCCACUUCGUGUGUACAUGGACCUUGAGGCUGGCAGGAAGCGUUCAGGUCGGGAGGAUAUAUUCAUUAGUUACCAUGCAAAAGAUGAUGUUCAGUCAACUUAUGCUGGUGCUCUCUUUCAUAAUGGUCGAAAUUAUCACAUAUCAUCAGAUAAGAACAAUGAUACACUUGUUUAUUGGUCUUCAUCACGUUGCCUUUCUCGAAGAAACCAGCUUGCUAAGAGUCUUCUCAAGUUGCUGCCUCACCACUCCUUUGGCAAAUGCCUGAACAAUGUUGGUGGUUUGGACAUGGCCCUUUCCUUCUACCCUGAGUGUGCAAAUGAUGCCAACAACCCAAAGUGGUGGGAUCAUUUACAUUGCGCUAUGUCUCAUUACAAAUUCGCCCUCGCAAUUGAAAAUACCGUUACAGAGAGCUACGUGACCGAGAAGCUAUUUUACGCUCUGGACUCUGGUGCAGUACCUAUCUAUUUUGGAGCUCCCAAUGUGCUGGACUUUGUCCCUCCGUAUUCAAUCAUAGAUGGAACCAAGUUUAGCUCCAUGGAGGAAUUGGCUUCCUACGUGAAAGCCAUUGCUAAUGAUCCUGUAGCUUAUGCAGAGUACCAUGCCUGGAGAAGAUGUGGUGUAUUAGGUAACUAUGCAAAGGCCCGUGCAGCGAGCCUCGACACAUUGCCAUGCCGAUUGUGUGAGGUAGUUAGUACAAAAGGUGGGAGAAAUGCAAGAACAGAAUGAGUUUAUUGUUUUAUAUACUUCACACUAUUUAAUGCAAAAUGACCAAUGGGAUUUGUUGUAGAUGUGUAAAGAUCAAUUUUGUACUUGGAUCAUUUGCAUUCAUGUUUACAAGAUGGAGAGAUGGUAAUUUGUGGAGAG